AUGCAUGCAUGCAGUACCCAGAAAGCCAAAGAAGCAAUUAUUUACUCAUACAAAAGGCAUAUCAAUGGUUUUGCUGCCACCCUUGAAGAUGAAGAGGCAGCUGAAAUCGCAAAGCAUCCAAAAGUUGUCUCAGUUUUUUUAAACCAAGGAAGACAAUUACACACUACUCAUUCAUGGGACUUUAUGUUACUGGAAAAGGAUGGAGUGAUCCACCCCACUUCCUUAUGGAAAAAGGCCAGAUUUGGUGAAGAUACAAUCAUAGGGAAUCUUGACACCGGUGUUUGGGCCGAAUCAGAGAGUUUUAGUGACGAAGGGAUUGGACCCAUUCCAGCAAAGUGGAAAGGAAUCUGCCAGAAUGACACCACCGGUUUUCCUUGCAACAGGAAGCUCAUCGGUGCAAGGUACUUCAACAAAGGAUAUGCUUCGUAUGCAGGGGCGCCAUUGAGGUCCUCGUUUAACAGUGCGCGAGACCAUGAAGGUCAUGGUUCUCACACUCUAUCCACAGCAGCUGGAAACUUCGUAGCUGGAGCCAAUGUGUUCGGCUUGGGGAAUGGGACUGCCAAAGGUGGUUCCCCCAAAGCCCGAGUUGCUGCAUAUAAAGUGUGCUGGCCACCAAUCAACGGCAGUGAAUGCUUUGAUGCUGAUAUCAUGGCAGCCUUUGAUGCAGCCAUACAUGAUGGGGUUGAUGUGCUUUCAGUCUCACUUGGUGGGGACCCUUCCAAUUACUUGGAUGAUGGCCUUUCCAUUGGGGCAUUCCAUGCUGUCAAGCAUGGUAUCGUUGUGGUAUGCUCUGCAGGAAAUUCUGGUCCUGCAGCUGGAACUGUCUCAAAUGUUGCACCCUGGAUGAUAACCGUGGGAGCAAGUACCUUGGACAGAGAGUUUCAAGCUAUUGUUCAACUCCGAAAUGGGCUGCGUCUCAAGCCUUUACCGGAAGACAGAUUUUAUCCACUUAUAACUGGUGCACAAGCUAAAGCAUCUAAUGCUUCUGCCCAUGAUGCCAUGCUUUGUAUAGGAGGAACACUAGACCCACAGAAGGUGAAGGGUAAGAUUUUGGCCUGUCUUAGGGGUGAUACUGCAAGAGCAGACAAGGGUGAACAAGCAGCUCUUGCCGGAGCAGUUGGGAUGAUUCUUUGUAAUGAUAAGGCCAGUGGUAAUGAAAUCAUUGCGGAUCCUCACGUACUACCAGCCUCGCAAAUUAAUUAUACGGAUGGCAUUGCUGUAGUUUCCUACAUUAAUUCCACAAUUGAUCCACAGGGAUUUAUAACGCCCCCAACAGCACAGCUGAACGCAAAACCUGCUCCAUUCAUGGCAUCCUUCUCCUCUCAAGGACCCAACACUAUCACUCCUGAGAUCCUUAAGCCUGAUAUCACUGCUCCUGGUGUAAAUAUCAUAGCUGCCUAUACCCAAGCAACCAGCCCUACCAAUGAAAGCUUUGAUAAGCGCAGGAUUGCGUUUAACACUGAAUCUGGUACCUCCAUGUCAUGCCCUCAUGUUUCUGGAGUUGUAGGCCUUCUGAAGACACUCUACCCUGACUGGAGUCCAUCUGCAAUUAGAUCUGCAAUCAUGACAACUGCAAGAACGAGGGACAACACUGCAAAUCCAAUGAAGAAUGCUUCAUUUAUUGAGGCAACGCCAUUCAGUUAUGGUGCGGGUCAUAUACGACCAAAUCGCGCCAUGGAUCCUGGCUUGAUCUAUGACCUAACUGUCAAUGAUUACUUGGACUUUCUUUGUGCCAUUGGCUAUAACAAGACAAUGAUGCAACUCUUUUCUGAAUCUCCUAAUUACAAAUGCCCCAAGUCAGCCAGUCUUCUGGACUUCAAUUACCCUUCAAUAGCGGUCCCUGAAUUGUCUGGCUCAGUCACUGUGACUAGAAGGGUGAAGAAUGUUGGUUCUCCUGGUACCUAUGCAGUUCGUAUUCACAAACCACUUGGAGUUUCAGUUACAGUUGAGCCUAAUAUCUUGAAGUUUAAAAAUAUUGGUGAAGAAAAGAGCUUUAAGGUGACCCUCAAAGCCAAGGGACUCGGUGUAACUAAGGGCUAUGUAUUUGGAGGCCUUAUCUGGUCGGAUGGCAAGCAUUACGUAAGGAGUCCAAUUGUAGUUUCCUCAGCUGCUGCUGCUGCUGUUUAG